AUGCUAUCAAACCCUCACUUAAGCAACUAUAUAAGGUUUUUCUAGAUAAUAUCAGACAUGGAACAGGAAUGUCUGAUCACAUAAAAAGAGAAGCACCAAUUAAAAGUGAAUCUUACGCUAAAAGACAUGUAACUAGUUAACAUGAUUGCACUAAAUUCAGGUAGUGAAGGAUUACAAUUAUUCAUAAGAUGCCGAUGAUGAAGAGUUCAAAUACAGCAUAAUAAACUAUUUGAGAAAGCAAACCUAAUCUCCUCGUUAAAAGUAGGGACAGAAAAUCAGAUGCAAAUCAACUGGAAUAGAAAUGAGUCCUAUACGUUUGAUUCGACGAAAUUCAGUUAGCAAAGACUCAAAAGUGACUGAGGAAUAAUUGCUUUAAUAAAUUGAUGAUUUAAAUGAUUCUCUAGUAAUGAUUCUCUAGAGUGAAAACAAAUGCGUAUUUUAGUCUUUUUAAUAGUUUUAUUUAGAUACUUACACCUACGGUAACUGAGAAAUUGAGGAGUAUUUUGGAAGUGAUACAAAAAACAACUAUCUCUUCACCAUCAACAACAACCACUAAAAUACUGUAAACAGAAGAAUCAGAGAAUUGUAAAAUUGUGGAUAAAUUUACAUAACUCUAUUCUGAUAUGAAAGUAUUCAUCAUUAUCAUUUAUAUAGAAACACUAUACAGAUUAUCUUAACUGUCAUCUCUUAUUAAUGGAUAAUAAUCUAUCAUAUGAGACAUUAGUAUAAAGUGUCAAAAAUUUCGUUAAAAAAUUAAUCGAUGCUGAUUAAAUAACUUAUUUGCUACUCAAAGAUGAUGAAUCCUAAUAGACAUACUAUUCUGCUGAAGAUAAAUACAUCAUUACUAAUGAUAAGUAAAUCUACAAUGAAACACAACUUAUUCAACCAAAUAAAGUCUUACUUUUAGAUGAAUGCAAUUUCUAUCCUGCUUUAAGUGAGUUAUUCAAAAUUAAACUAUACAAAAAGAACUACAUCAUCAAAUUAAAUAAUCAAGAUGUAUUUGUUUGUUUUCAUUUAUCUGAUCAAACAUCUAUUAUUAGUGAAUUCCUAGCUUUGGCGGAUGAAUUUGAUAUAUUUGAUGAUUUAAAUUAAUUAUCCACUUUCUUAAUUGAAACAAUCAAACAAGCUAAAAUUUAAAUAUUCACACCUCUUUAAAUAUCACAUAUGAUUUAGGGAAUAGGAAUUGCAUUCAUUCGAAGUUCCAAGUAUUUAUUCAUUAAAAAAUGCAUUCACAUUUUACAAUCUAAAUAUUAAGUUGAAAUGUAAUUAACUAAAUAUCAUUUUUAGUCAUAUCAAUUCUGGAGAUGGAAUGUCUGUAAUUAGUAGUCCUAGUUUUUUUUAUGGAACUUAAAAAUAAGUAGAUUUUGAUUUUAAAGAUGAACUUAAUGUAUCCAUAACAAUAAAUGGCAUGGAUCUAAAUAAAAAGUCUGAUCUUAUGAUUUACAAAUAAUUGACUCAGAGUUUUAAUAAGUAUUUGAAAUUUAUUAGAUAAUGUUAUGAUCGCACAACUUUCUAUAAAUUCUUUGUUAAAUCAUAGGAUACACUGAUAUUUGAAUUUGAUAAGAUAGGUAGAUUGAUCUUUUUAUCUCGUCCAAUUCCUUAAGAUAUUAAAAAAGAGUUUAAUAUAGAUUUUGAUCCAAAGAAAACAAAGAUGACAUAUUCUUAAUUAUUUUAAAAUGAGGAUUUGCUGAAAUAUAUAGAAAAUUUCCUUUAAGAAUAGAAUAUUCUGAGGGAUAGUGAUCAAUAAUAUUAAGUGUUUAUGAAAAUGGAAGAACGUAAUUUCAAGGGAUUUUUUAUAAUUUUUCAGCAAGGAUGGUUUAAAUAUGAUUAAAAGAAAUUUGAUUUGAAUGAUCCAUCUUUAAAAAAGGAAAUAUAAAAAUAGAUAAUUCAACAAGAGACUAUAAGAUUUAUUGAUAAAUUAGAAUAAAAUAAUCCUUAAAUAUUGAACUCAGUUGUAUAAAUGUUUAAGCCAAGAUCAACACAAAGACAGACAGUUCAUUAUCGUAAUUCUAUUUUAUAAUUUGAACCUGUGAAACUUGGAGGUUAACAUAAAUCAUCUUUACAAUUAGAAGAUUUAGAAACAUUGUGUUAAGUACCAAAUAUAGAUAAUUUUAAUUUCAACAUAUUAAGUGUUGAGGAAAUGGUAUAAAAAUAAUUAGUAGUGAUUGAAAUAUUAAGAUAUCAUAAUUUAAUAAAAGAGUAUGAUAUUCCAUUAAAUAUUCUUUGUUAAUUUUUGAGUGAGAUAGAGCAUAAGUAUAAUAAGAAAAAAAAUGUAUUUCAUAAUUAUGAUCAUGGAAUAUCUGUGAUGUAGAAUGUUCAUGCUAUUUUAAUAUAAUUGCAUAAAACCAAUAAUGCAAAUAUUCUAUCUACAUUUAAUUAAUUUGCUUUAUUAUUAUCAGCAUUAUGUCAUGAUGUUUCACAUACCGGUAGAACUAAUACAUUUGAAAUCAACAGUUUAUCGAAUUUGGCUAUAAGAUAUCAUGAUAGAAGUGUAUUAGAAUAACAUCAUGCAGCUAAAUCAUUGAAAUUACUUUGUGUGCCAGCAACAAAUAUAUUGUAAAGUUUAAAAGGAGAGGAAUUUCGUAAAUUUAGAAGAAUGUUUAUUUCGAAUAUAUUGUAUACAGAUAUAACAGAACAUUUUAAUCUGAUAAAGAAUUUUGAAUCAAAAUAAUUAGAAUCAAAUUUUGGAACUUAAGAUGAAGAUAUAAAGUUAUUAAGUGGCAUGAUUAUUCAUACAUCUGAUUUUACAGGAGGAGCUAAAUAAUUUGACUUAUCAAAAUAAUGGUCAUUUAAAGUAAAUAAGGAAUUUGAAUAACAAUAUGAAUUGGAAGGUAAAUUAGGUUAUCCAUAAUUACCAUAUAUGAAAGAUUUAUAGAAGGUAAAUGAUUUUAUAUAUGAUUCGAUAGUUACCUGUGAUGGCAAAAUAAGAGGCAGGAUUUUUUAAAUUUAUUGUACGUCCAUUAUGGCAAUCGAUGUCUAAAUAUUUAGAUAACAGGUUAUAAGAAUAAGUGGAUUAUCUUGAUGAAACAAUCUAGAAGUGGGAAGAAAUUGCUAAUUCUGAAUGA